ACUUUAGCUCUCUGUACGCGUUAUUUAAUAGCACGAGACACACACCCUUCCUGGUCGCAAAUAUUAAACGGAGUGCUUGCAGAAUUCAUAACCUGGUGAAGACACAAAUUUGUGUGAACCUCUCGUGUUGGUCCCUCUCUUGUGGGGUCCUGAAGCAAGCAGGAGCACAGCCCUGCAGUUCUCUCAGAACCUGGGUCUCAGAACUGAUGCCUGAGCAGCAGAGCGGGGCAGGCUCUGCCCUGUACACCCCUCCUUCAGGGGUACGCGGGAUGACCAGCCUGGACCGGGAAGCCUUCGCCUGGACGGUGAACGUUCCUGCUCUGCGUUUGCCAAAGCAAGGUCUCAACCAGCUGGUGAAGAGCCUGAAGAGAGUGAUCCUGCAGCGGCCGGGGAUGAAGCGGGUGGUGGAUAUCGGCGGCGACGACGACCACAGGCUCCUGCUGCUGGACCCGGGCAGCGUCUCCUCCCCGACCUCUUUCGGGGACGCCGAGACGGAGGUGCUCGGGAAGUUCGGCGUGCCCCUGGAGCUCCAAGACUACGAGCUGCAGCUGACCUACGAGAACCUGAAGAGCGAGGAGGUGCUGAGGGCCGUGUUGCCGGAGGGUCUGGAUGUCACCUCCGGGUUCAGCCGCGUGGGACACAUCGCACACCUAAACCUGCGCGACCACCAGCUGCCCUACAAGAGCCUCAUUGGUGAAGUUCUAAUGGACAAGAACCCAGGAGUGACCUGUGUCGUUAAUAAGACCAACACCAUCGACUCCACCUAUCGCAACUUCCAGAUGGAAGUUCUGGCAGGAGAUGGUAACAUGGUGGCCAAGGUGCGGGAGAACGGUUGCGUGUACGAGUUCGACUUCUCGCGGGUGUACUGGAACCCGCGCCUCAGCACGGAGCACGAGCGCGUGGUGGCCCUCCUGCGGCCCGGCGACACGGUGCUGGACGUCUUCGCCGGCGUGGGGCCCUUCGCCGUCCCCGCGGCGCGGCGCGGCUGCAGCGUGCUGGCCAACGACCUCAACCCCGAGUCGCACCGCUGGCUGCUGCACAACUGCAAGCUGAACAAGGCCGAACGCAGGGUGCGGGCCUUCAACAUGGACGGCCGGGCCUUCAUCCGGGGGCCCCUGCGGGAGGAGCUGCCCGCUCUCAUGCGGGGCCCGGGCCGGGUGCACGUGGUCAUGAACCUGCCCGCCCUGGCGCUGGACUUCCUGGACGCGUUCAGAGGGCUCCUGGGCCCGCCCGAGACGGAGGGAAGCCCGCCGCUGGUGCACUGCUACGGCUUCUCCAAGCAGGACGACCCGCAGAGGGACGUGACGGAGAGGGCGUCGGCCAACCUGGGCGGCCCGCUGGAGGGCCGCUGCUCCGUGCACCUGGUGCGCAACGUGGCCCCCAAUAAGGAGAUGAUGUGCAUCAGCUUCCCCCUGCCCAAAGAGGUGCUCUUCUCCAGCGAGACUGCAGAUGACGGCUCUUCAGAGGAACCAGCCCCAAAGAGGCAGAGGUGUGAGGAUACGACAGACUGAAAACAUCCUAGCACCAAGGACGCUACAUUUUAUUUUAUUUUUUACUUUAAACAGACUAUUGAUUUUGCCUGCUUUUGCCAGAUGCUACUGUUCCAAUUAUUUUAUAAUAAAGUGCUCACAAGGCAGAACCUGCAAA